AUGGCGACACAGGGCAGUAUUCGAGCGCUCCUCCAAGCCAUUGUGUUGCUAUUCCUCCUGACGCUGUUCACUCUCGCAGCUCAUCUUCUCCAGCACUGGUGUGGCAUCUCUCGGGAAAGGCCUCCCCCUCCUUCAACACGCCGCAGUGCUCGUCUCCCCUGUUCUAUCCUCUGGCUCGCAGCGCGUAACGGAGCCUGGCGAUGUGUCUGCGGUCAUCCCAACGGACCCAAUCCCGACGACGCCUCGGGGCGGUUCCAACACCACGCUCCUCAUCGAGACACCUCUGCAUCCGAUCAUGAGCCCGGGGGAUCGCGCAUACCCGCGUCUUGUGUGCCCGCAACCGAACCUCGACCGCUAUGCCUACCUGAAGCGUUCGUACUCGACCUCGUCCUACGUCCUGAGCAGUACAACCCAAACAACACCGUAAUUUUCUCCAACGACGCUGCUCUGUGCAUGGAGGAUCUUCUAGAGCUCAUCCAUCAGCGUACGCUACAGGGCGCCGAUCAGACAUGCGCCAUGGACUGGACGUACGUCGGUGACCAUCCGACGUUCUACGAUGUGUGGAUCGCGCGCGGCAUGACGGGCGACCCGUUCUUCGAGAUUCCUGCGAGCGGAAGCGGGGACCGUGCGUGGGAUCUGUUUUGGAACGACCGGAAUGCCAAAGCGCGGUGGGCCAGCUGGAAACCGUUUCAGGUGUUCGCGUGGGGUACAGCGACGACGCGACGAUGA